GUCUUGUGGCCGAGGAAGGUACACCCACUGUGAUAGUCCAUGUUGCUAGCAAAGUUGGACUUCCUCUGGAUGAAGUAACUCUUGCCACAGCUUUAAGUGCUGCCAACUACACUACUGCUGCAGUAGGUAAAUGGCACCUGGGACAGAGAUGUGGCUUGCUGGGACAAGAUUGUCGAGGGCCACAGCUGCAUGGUUUUCAGUCAUUUUAUGGAUUGCCUUUAAGUCUUCUAAAUGAAAUGGCAGGGGAUCACCCCUUCUGGAUCUUCCCAUUGAGUGACCCCUUCUACCAAGUGUUGGUGUCAUUGUGGUUAGUGAGUGCAGUGACACUCUGGUUGUUAAAGUGGCGGCGUAGUGUUGUCACAGUGUGUCUGGUGCUGGUGACACUCGUCCUGGCUGCUAGCUGGUUCAUUCAUACACACUACAGUUUCCAUAAUAAAAUCUGGUGGCAGGUAUCACCAUGGAUGGACAAGUAUAUGAAUGGAAUACUGAUGCACGACGAAAAAGUGGUGGAGCAGCCACUGCUGCUGGAAGGACUUUCCCAGAGACUUGUGGGCCACUCAGUCAAGUUCAUUGCUGACCAUUCACAAGACGAACAACCAUUUUUUCUUUACCAUUCCUUUGCUCAUGUUCACACGCCAAUGUUCACAGCAUCACACAUGGCUGGACGCAGCAAGCAUGGAAGAUAUGGUGAUAAUGUUGAAGAAAUGGACCAAGGCGUGGGAGACAUUUUGGCUGCCCUUGAAGAACAUGGCUUAAAUGAAAAUACUAUUGUUUACUUCCUUUCCGACCAUGGUGGUCACCUCGAAGCUGUAGACGAGAAUGACCAACGUGUUGGAGGCUACAAUGGCCACUUCAAGG